CAAAUAAGCCAAGGCAUGAAGUUAAAGAUACGCUGCCGUUUGAUGAUUUCAAACGAAAGUUCAACUCUCUCAGACUCUCACCCUCACGACACUCUCCAGUCUCCAUCUCAGGCCGCCGUCUCCGCAGCGCGCCGCGUCGCACCGCUCCGGCGCUGGCCAGUCACGGCCGCGAUGGACACACCAAUGCGCUCAAAAGCGGCGGCGGCGGUGGCAAUGAAGAAGAAAAAAGGGAAGCAAACCCCAGAGGCGAAGUUCCAGUUCGAGCUCAAUUCCUGCUCCAAGUCCAAAGACUUAACCACCGCGAUCUCCCUCUACGACGACGCCGUUUCCAACAACACCCGCAUCACCCACCACCACUUCAACACCCUCCUCUACCUCUGUUCCCACGCCGUCGCCGCCGAACCCUCGCUCAAAACCCUCGCCUUGGAACACGGCUUCCGCAUUUUCGACCGCAUGACCGCCCUCGGCAUCACCCCUAACGAGGCCUCCAUCGCCACCGUCGCCAGGCUCGCCGCGGCCAAGGGGGAUGGUGGUUACGCCUUCGAGCUCGCGAAGAAUGUGGGGAAGUAUAAUGUUGCCCCGAGGCUGCGGACCUAUGACCCGGCAUUGUUCUGCUUCUGCGAGAGCCUUGAUGAUGAUAGGGCGUAUGAGGUGGAGGAGCAUAUGAAGGGGGUUGGGGUUUGUUUGGAGGAACCGGAACUCGCCGCGCUUUUGAAGGUCAGUGUGAAGAGGGGGAGAGGGGAGAAGGUUUAUGAGUAUUUACACAAGCUGAGGAGUGCGGUGAGGUGCGUCGGGGAGUCAACCGCGGCGGUUAUCGAGGAGUGGUUUCGGAGCGGGGAGGCCGGAAAGGUUGGUGAGGUGGGUUUGGAUGGUGGGAGGGUGAAAGAGGGGGUUUUGAGGAAUGUGGGAGGGUGGCAUGGUCUUGGUUGGGUUGGGAAUGGGGAUUGGGUUGUGUGCAGAACGGGUGUUGAUGGUGAUGGAGUUUGUGGUGGCUGUGGUGAGCAAUUGGCUUGUGUGGAUAUUGAUGAUGAGGAGAUGGAGAAGUUUGGCAAGUCUAUUGCUGCCUUGGCGGUGGAGCGAGAGGUCAAGGCAAAUUUCAGUGAAUUUCAGGGAUGGCUAGAAAAACAUGCUCAUUAUGAAGCUAUUGUGGAUGGUGCAAAUGUUGGGCUCUACCAGCAAAAUUUUGCUGAUGGUGGAUUUAGCACUCAUCAGCUUCACGAUGUUGUGAAUGAACUGUACAAUCGGAGUGGGAAAAAAUGGCCGUUAGUUAUCCUGCAUAACAAGCGCUUGAGAGGGCUGAUGGAAAAUCCUUCCACCAGAAAACUGGUAGAGGAGUGGAUGAAUAACGGUGUGCUGUAUACAACACCAAAUGGAUCCAAUGAUGAUUGGUAUUGGUUGUAUGCUGCUGUAAAACUCAGAUGCUUGCUUGUAACAAAUGAUGAAAUGCGAGAUCACAUAUUUGAACUCCUAGGAAGCAAUUUUUUUAACCAGUGGAAAGAAAGACAUCAAGUUCACUACACUUUUGUUAAGGGGAAGAACUUGAAAUUUCAAAUGCCACCAUCAUAUUCAUUGAUUAUCCAGGAAUCGGAAAAGGGAUCAUGGCAUGUGCCUAUAGCGCCGGGAACUAGCUACGAGUCUUUGAGAUCUUGGCUCUGCAUUACACGGCCAAGUGCCCCUGAUGCUGUUGAUUCUGUUUCUAAUGCUGUCCAAACUUCUCAAAAUAAUCACUCCCACAUUCCACAUGUAUUUGCAAAUGGUAUUCAUAGCUUGGAUUCACAAGUCGGCGAGAACAACAACAACGAAAACAACAACAACACCACUUCUGUGACUGGUAAAAGAAAAGAGAGGUCUCCUCCUCCUCUUUCAUGAAUUGCCUUCCCUUUGUUUGCCUUGUCCCUUGACUGCUCUCAGUGUUGCUAUGAAGAUGGUUCACAAGAUAAACAGCUACAACCUGUAUCGUGAUUAUUGAGCUUCAACACUUGCAAUGAUUUUCAACCAAUCAAAACGAGUCCUGUUUGGGUAUCAUUAGACAUACCUUAGAGUAGGUCAUUAUGGCAACUUUUUAUCCUUGUAAUCGACAUUAUUUAUUGGGGAAAGGCUCUGGUGUACGAGGCCUAUGUCUUAACUCCCCUCUCUCAAACAGUAGAUUUUAGUUUUUACACUGUUUGAUGAGUGGAAAUGGGAUGGAAGGGAAAGAGAAGUUUGAAAGAAUCAUUCUUUUUACAAGUAAUUAUAUAAGUGGUUCUUGAUGUGGGGUCUAGUCAUGGCUGCAGAGAAGUGGUAGGUUUUAGUGGCAGCCUCGUUUGUGAUUGAUCUACAAAGCAUUUCGUGUACCCUUUUGCUUUUAUGUCACUCUUACUGUACUGUGCCCACUGACCCCUGUGGUUGUAGGCGUAGCCUUCCAAAUUCGAUUGGAUUUCGUGCAUAAAUAA